AUGCCUCUCGGAUGCCGUCUGUACGUUGGCUGUGAUGGGAUGUUGUGGCUCACCACCAAGUUCCACUUUGGGCGACGAUACUGGAGAAUACUGGACGUGGGUGUUGGAGACAUGCAGGUCUUGCUUGGCUGGCUGGCUGGUCAGUGGGUGGACACUCGAGCUCUGGUCUUGACGCGAAGAAGCCCGUCGGCUACAGCGGGCGCGUCCCAGACACAGACCACCAGCGAUUGCGCGCUGCAAGCCGAAUGGAACGGCCGAGUUGUCACUAUUGCCGUGUUCUCUGCGCGGCGAAUGUCGAAAGAGACCGGAGCGCACUGUCGUUCCCUAGGGAGUGGUAGCAGCGUCGCGCAGAACGCGGUGAGCGGCGGCGGCGGCGGCGGUAGCGAUGGCGAUGGUAGCGAGUGGUUGCGGUCAGUCAAAUACCCGACAGUGUGCUAG